GUUUUCAGUACCCGGACGUAGUGGCAAAGUGACAUCUCUGUGCGAAUAUACCAUCUAGGCUUCCACUUUACAUUCGGUUGGGAUUUCACUUGUCCACAUUUUAAACAUGAGCAACCCAGAGGAGCCCAAAGUGACCGCUGCUCCACACAUAGUGAAAGAGGAGCCCAUCGCAGCAGGAAAAUGGCUGCAGCUGGAGAAGACCACAUACAUGGACCCUUCCGGAAACGUCAGGACGUGGGAGACGGUGAAGAGGACAACGAGACGAGCCAACACAGAAGCAGACGGUGUUGGAAUUAUCGCCCUGCUGAAGCGGACGCUCCACAAAGACUGCGUGGUGAUGGUGAAGCAGUUUCGUCCUCCGAUGGGAUGCUACACUCUGGAGUUUCCUGCAGGCUUGAUCGAUGAGGGCGAGAGUGCCGAGGUUGCUGCACUGAGGGAGCUAAAAGAAGAAACUGGCUACAAAGGAGAAGUUGUGGGAGUCACUCCAGUGACCUGUCUUGACCCCGGUUUGUCUAACUGCACCACCCAGAUGGUCAUGGUGAACAUCAACGGAGAUGAAGGGGAGAAUAUCAACCCGACACAGCAGCUCGGUGAUGGAGAGUUCGUCGAAGUCGUUCUUUUAGCUCUCGAUGAGUUCCAGCAGAAAAUCGACCACCUCCUCGAGAAAGAAAAAAUCGUGGUGGAUGCCAAAGUAUACAUCUUUGCCAUGGGGAUGGUUCAGGCCUUCUUUAAGCCGAGGGAGCUCCCGGUCCUGAAGCAGUGAUGCACAACAUUCAGGAUGUGACUGUUACAGAGGGCUCCUACGUAAGACUGGGGGGGGGGGAAAAAACUGGUGUUAAAAAGGAGAAAGUAAUUCCGCACUGUAAUAACGUGUUUUAAAAAAAAGUUGUUGCACUGUGGUUUUGAGUGCUACCUAACCUCUAAUUUUAGUGUUUGUUACACCAUCCGUAGGGUGUCCCAAAAAAAAAAAACUGUGAACACAUAAAUCUGAAUCAAAUGAUGGAAUGAUGGUGAAAAAAAACCCGCUGAAUUUAGGAGCUAAACGAAUGAAGGAGCUCGGUUUACACUAGAUGUGGAACUGCUUAUUGUCUGAAACAUAGGACAGUUUCUGGGUGUCAGUUCAAGGCACACUUAACGCAGGAUGUGCGCCAGGCUUUAGCUGGAUUCAUUUACCCUAAGUCAGUGGUUCUCAACUGGUCCAGCCUCAGGACUCACCAAAUACUCCUUCAUGAGAAAAUGGCAACCCUAAUGUCUUUUUUUUUUUUUUUUUUCAAUCAAUCAGAUUUGUUUAAAGAAAAAUUGUGCAGUACCUCAGACAGUACAAAACAUGAUAGAGCAAAGAAACUGAAUGAAACAAACUUGUGCUUUAUAGACUUUUUCACCGCAUUUUUCUUCCAAGCACAAAUUCACGACCCACUGAAAACGGCUCCGCGACCCACCAGUUGAGAACCACUGCCCUAAGUGACAAAAAACUCAUUUCCAGGUUUUUUUUUAUUGAGAUUACAAGGUGUGCUAGUGAAUUGCAAUAUGCUGUCAUUUUUAUCUAGUGAUUGUGACACAUUCCUUUACCAUUUCCUGUUCUAACUUUUUUUUACUGCUCUUUGGGAGAGAGACUAGAAUUCCUGUUUUGAGCCUUCUGGGAUUCACCUUAGAGUUCUGACUUUGCAUAGGAAAGAAACUCAGCCAAAAAAAAAACCCUAAUUUGGACCAUGUUUAAAAUCUGUGUGUUUAAAGUUGGAUUUCUGAGAACAUGUCAGCACUUUCUUGAUCUGUAAGAAGCAUUUUACUGGAUUUGAAAGUAAAAGUUCCGAUGUUACCUGAAGCCUUUUCUAUAACAGAGAGGUCCAUCAACCCACAGGAAGCCAGAAACAGCUGAAUUGUUUUUUUUAAUCUAAAGGCUUCUCAUGUCCAAAUGAAUUAGACCACUAACUUUAGAGGACAUGGAAGAGCCAUUAGUCACAAAUAACUGGUACACAGUGAUAACAGUUCCAGUACUAGGCUGAUAUACUAACAGUGUUAACAGUUUGAGGAAGUUGAUUUUUGCCGAAUAACUCGACUGUAAUGUACGACAGAGGUACUGUUUUGGUAACCCGUUAAUAGAAAAUAUUUCAUGCUGUGCCACAAACCGUGUGAUGGUGCAAUAACUUGACAUGGAUGUUGUAGAUUUAGAAAUAACGGACCAAUAAAGUUAAUACAACCUUUGCUUUUA